GAUUGUAUGUAGUACGAGAUUGUACUUUUGACUCUCCAGUUUUGUAGAAAGCGUACAACCGUUUGUCCACUAAAAGCAAAAAAAUAAAUUCGACAAGAAACGCGUUUGCCGACUAUGACGAAUCUUACGCGCAUAUCCGGGAGUUUGCAUCGGUUGACAGUGAGAGUUUGUUCAACCUCACCGCUGCCUUUCUGCAGGAAUAAUGUUUUAUACUCACACAGUUUCAGUGAAUCUGCAACUGCUGUCAGAUGUUUUACAAGAGACUCACGUUACAGAAGCAGUAACAGACAUUACGCCUCAUCAGCACAUAAAACUGUUCGCAUCGGAUGCGCGUCAGGGUUUUGGGGCGAUACUGCAACGUCAGUUCCUCAGCUCAUAUAUGGUGGGAAAUUGGACUUCCUUGUGUUUGAUUAUCUGUCUGAAAUCACUAUGUCACUGCUCUCAGCAGCCAAAGCUAAAGCACCUAAUAUGGGAUAUGCUCCUGAUUUUGUCCUUUCCCUUUCUCCAUUUAUUAAGGAUAUCAGCAAAAAAGGUAUUCGUGUGGUCAGUAAUGCUGGGGGUGUCAAUCCUCUUGCCUGUGGAGCAGCUCUACAGGAAGUAGUUCAAAAGGCAGGACUUGACUUGAAGGUAGCUGUGGUGACUGGGGAUGACCUGAUGCCACAGAAAGACUCUUUGACUGAACUCAGGAUGGCUGAUUCGGAGGGAAGGAAACCACUUCCAAAGACCGUCCACAGCAUGAAUGCGUAUUUGGGCGCCCUCCCUAUUAAACGGUGCCUGGACCUCGGGGCUGAUAUUGUGGUGACGGGACGUUGCGUGGACAGCGCUGUGGUUCUUGGACCGCUGAUGCAUUCGUUUGCAUGGGACUGCAAUAACUAUGACCUGUUGGCUGCUGGAAGCCUUGCUGGUCAUCUGAUUGAGUGCGGCGCACAGGCCACAGGAGGAAUUUUCACAGACUGGCACACAGUUCCUGACUGGGAUAACAUGGGCUUCCCAGUGGUAGAAUGUUCUGCAGAUGGUUCAUUUACACUGUCCAAACCUCCAAAAACUGGUGGGCUGGUUUCAUUUGGUACAGUGGCAGAGCAGUUAGUCUAUGAAAUCGGAGACCCACAGCGUUACCUCCUGCCUGAUGUCACAUGUGACUUUUCCAAUGUCACCAUUACUGAGAUACCAGAUGUGGAUGGUGGAACAGUGAAAGUAGGUGGUGCCAAAGGAUCACCUCCAUCAGGUGACUACAAGGUUUGUGCCACAUAUAUGGAUGGGUUUAGGGCGACAGCGGUUUGUCCUGUUGGUGGUCCAAGAGCUGUGGAAAAAGCCAGAAGAACAGCAGAGAGCAUUAUUAAGAGGACCCAGAGAAUUUUCAAACAGCUGGGUUUGGAGGACUACGCUGAAGUCAACAUUCAGGUUCUGGGUGCUGAGGACACAUAUGGACCACAUGCGGCCAAUACAAGUCCUCGUGAGGCUGUGGUUUGGAUGGCCGUCCAUCACAAACAGAAGAAAGCGCUGGAGUUUUUCUCGAGAGAGGUGGCACCAGCGGGAACUGGCAUGGCUCCAGGACUCACAGCUAUUGUAGGAGGGCGACCAAGAAUAUCACCAGUGCUGAAACCUUUCUUUUUCCUGCAUCCCAAGGCAGAUUUGGAGGUGCACAUUCAUGUGAAUGGGGAGCUUGUGGAGACACACAGAGAGGCAGUAUCAGACCCUUCAUUAGCUGAAGGACACGACCCCUCCCUUCGCUCAGAGGAGCACAGCCCAACACCCACAGAUCUGCCCUCUGGCCCGCAUACCUUCAGACUGGAGGAGUUAGCAUACACGCGCAGUGGAGACAAAGGGGACUCCUCAAACAUCGGGGUUAUUGCAAGACACCCACUGUAUUUCCCCUACCUGAAAAAGUGUUUAACUGCUGAAGUUGUGGAGCAGUAUUUCCAACAUUUGAUCAGAAAGGAUCAGACUGGCCUACCCUCCGUCAAACGGUACGAACUGCCUGGUAUUCAUGGUCUGAACUUCAUUCUUCCAAACUCACUUGGAGGGGGAGGGGUGGCGUCACUGCGCAGCGACCCUCAGGGAAAAGCCUACGGGCAAAUGCUACUUGACUACAAACUGAGAGGUCUUCCUGAUUUGAAAUCACUGGUCGAUUAAAAUGGGCAAGGACAGAAUAAUGUCAGCGGUUUUAUGGGAAAUCGUUCAAACUGCGAUGUUUUGACCCGCAUUAGCAUGCGCUAACAGCAUGACCUCAGCGACGCAGAGUGAUCAAUGGCAAGUGGAACGCGAGACAUGUGAAGAGUUCAUUUGUCAACGGCCGACAGACAGAUCCAGCAGUUUCUCAUUGUGCGCAUGCAGAGCUUCUUGGCUUCACCUCAAUGCAACGGGGUGUCAUUCACAGCAAACACAUACACGCUCGCAUCGAAAUCACUCUCUCUCAAAACUCUCACAUUUUUCACAAGCGCAUUCAGCUGUCACAUACAGACGCUGGGAUGCUUGGGGACAAAACAGGGAAGGAAGAUAAAUGGCUUGUCAUUUAUCACCCGCUAUCUUUCAGCGCUCCACUGCUGUUCAAACAAGCAACUGCCCAGAGAGAGAACCGAAUAAUCACUAAUCACUCAACAUUCAGCUUUUGCCCUCACCGGGACACCUUUGUUACCACUGUGACACUGAUUUCUCCUCCUGUCCAUCAUUGCUCUCCCACUAAACUGAACCUCAGGGGGAGGGCGGCUUCUUGGGGCAGCUUUAAUCCUUUCUUUAUCUUUGAGUUAAGACUGUUUUGCAUCAUUUUGCUAACACUUUACCACUUAAUGUCCUCAGUGUGGGUUUUAUAAACUUUGCAUUAAGGAUUGUAUGGAGCUGGACUAUUUACAAGACAAUCAGCACUCUUAGUUAAGACCAUUAGUGCCAUUGGUAUUCAUUAGUAGUGCUGCUGAACUCGUGGUGAAUUCAGCCCUUUUCUGUUUUGGAAAUGUGAUGGCUGCAUUUCUGGGGACUUUUAAUAGAGUGCUGACAUGUGCUCUGUCUGCACGUCCUGCAAACCGGUCUAUUGGUAAAAGGAGCUCUUGUUUGGUGCGGUCUGGGUGAAUGUAUUGAGGACUUUAAUUAUUGCCACAUGGCAUGAACCAGCUCUCAACUUCAAACCACCGUUAGCCAAACUUGCUGCUCUCACUUUUUCCACAUUCAUCUACCCCGCUUGUACCUACAUCAGAGAAAGUCCAGACACCCCUGGAGCUAUGAGACCUUCGGUUUAACUGAUUUAUUUGUUCGUUUUCCAGCAAUUAUAGAAUAAAUAGAUUUGCAGAACAAAAUUUGAGUUCACAAAUGAAUAGAAGAUUAAUCAACAGCGUAUCUAAACAAUUUAACAAUUUAAUUGUAUUAAUUAUUUUAUGGAGUAGGCUUUAAAUAACACCAUUUCAGUCUUUCUACUUCAAAAGUUCAUGUUUAAUUCAUUGGUACUUUCCAUUUCUUUGUAACAAUUUGUGAAAUUUGCUUGCAAUUUCUGAGUGAAAAUCAUUUGAGUAAAUUUUCCCUCUUCACACACACACAAUACACAAAAUGUGACCCUGGAUCACAAAACUUAACUAGUUUUAAAUAGCAUGGGUAUAUUUGUAGCAGUAGCCAAAAAUACAUUGUAAGGGUCAAAAUGAUCGAUUUUUCUUUUAUGCCAAAAUUUCAUUAGGAUAUUAAGUAAAGAUCAUGUUCCAUAAAGAUAUUUUGUAUUUGUCCUAACUUAAAUAUAUUAAAACUUAUUUUCUGAUUAUUAAUAUGCAUUGCUAAGAACUUUAUUUGGACAACUUAAAAGGUUCCAGUUUUUUAAAUAGUUGUAUCUCGGCCAAAUAUUCUCCUAUCCUAACAAACCAUACAUCAACUGAAAGCUUAUUUAUUUAUCUUAAUAUCUUAAUUUCAGUUUCAGAUAAUAUCUCAAUUUAAAAUUUGGUUUUGUGGUCCAGGGUGAAAACAAAUAACGUUA